GUUCUACGGUGCAACUUGAGCACAAUUGCUCUUCUACCUCACCUGCCUCUCCUUGGCCAAUGAUCUCAGAUGCUCUCGAGUCUUGAGAUCGACCUUGUCGUAGUCCACAUAAUGCCCCUCAGUCAGUAUUAAAGAAAAGGCCACGCCGCGUGACUCCUUCGUGCGGGUCGAUUCCAGUAUUACUCCUUCCAUCAUUUCAAGCGGUACUGUAAGACAUGGGGCAACAGCAAUCACAACCAGGGGCUCUCCGAAGGGAUGCGACAGGCAAUUCGACUCUCAGGUUGUCACGUCGCACAAGGCUUCAGUCCAAACCUCAAAAUGUCCUUGUCCGGCGACCUCGUUCUGAGCAAGCGGGACCGUCGUCCGCUUCUCACGAUGAAUCGCACAAUUCCAUACGUACUCCGCACGCUACGAGUACCAUGAGCCGCUUUUUGCAACAUCAAUCAGAUGCUUUCCUCCAUGAUCCUGUAAUUCCUCCUCCACGCCAUACACAUUCGAACGACAAGCAUACGAACCCAUCAGGAAGCUCGAUGAGGCCACUUUCGGUUAUAGACGCAGCUUCCAUCGCCGCAUGUGUCGCCCACCGAAAUCUUACGACUCAAAAAACCACGUUGCCCCAAAACUCCAAGCCCAUCAACAAUGCGGCUGGCCCUAUUCGCACCAGCCAAGAACCGAUCAGAGUCCAGCAGCCUGGUGUUGGCUCUCAGCCCAGAACAACAGCUCACGAUAGCCUCAUCAGCAACCCUGAGGUCACUAAACAUGUGCCUGGAGCUUUCCCUAUUCUCGAAGAGAGCACAACCGAUAAUCCCAGACACACAAUGAAUGUGACAGAGCUUGAGAUGUUGCCUGGAACGCGUCUUCCGUCUGUCAAGAGUGAGGAACGGGUCCCCCUAUUUGUAGAGCAAGUAUUGGUUCCAGGAAUUACAGCUCUCCAGAAUGUGUCUAACUCACUGGACACGAAGAACAUGCCUAGAUCUAGAGGCUCUUUUGCCGGCCAUAAAUAUCAGGUCGCCAACCCUUAUUCGCGGUACCACCCGAGCUAUCCAAUUGACAAUCAACCUGUCCUUCAAAGGCACCCCGAACAAGUCCUGAGCCCAGUCGCCGAACGGCUUGAUGAAGACCAUUUCUUUGCUCUAGAGCUAAACCAAAAGUUGGCGAGGGAGGAAAAAGAAGCCUUCACAAAACAGGAAGCAGAUGACCGCAGAUUGGCCAUGGCCAUGCAAGAAGAAGAAGACACCAGAAGAGCAGCAGAAGCCCAACCUCAGACUAGGGAAUGCGUUGUCUGCUGUGAGUCUCUCGAUCCUCUAACCUUCCCAGCCAGACCACCUUCCAGUGAAUGCACCCAUCGUCCUGAAGUCUGUCCACCUUGUCUGCAAAGAUGGGUAGCUACGAAAGUCGCCGCCAACGAUCGAGGCAGAAUAUACUGUCCACAGUGCGUCAUCCUUCUCAAUCACGACGACGUCCGCCGCGCCUGCGACCACACAACCUUUGCCGAAUACGACAAACACGCAGUACUAAACGUUGUCAGCCGCAUGGUCAAUUUCAACUGGUGCUUGCGUGCAGGUUGUGACGGCGGUCAAGAGCAAGAUGGAAAGACACUAGGAUACAUGAAAUGCCACUCUUGCGAUUACGCCCAAUGCCUUCAUCACAGGAUGCGCUGGCACACCGGCGAGACCUGCAAGCAGUACGACGAGCGCACCAACAACCGCCACAACGAAAAGACUGAAGAGAUGAUCAACAACUCACUCCUUACCGCGUACCUACAAAAAUGUCCAAGAUGUCAAGUAGUGUGUGAGAAGAACGGUGGAUGUAGGCAGAUGAUUUGCACGAGGUGCGGAUGGCGGUUUACCUGGGAAAAGGCAAGAAAGCUUCCGAAGGUUAAGAAACCCGUGGGACCUAGGCCAAUGAGAAGUACACUUCGUGUGGAACCACCCACAGGACUGCGGGCCCGUAUCGCCCGAUUCUUGUCCCCGUAGCCUUUUAUAUCAUUGUAGAGAAUGGACAUAUAAUCACAUGAUG